UGUACGACCGACGCUAACUGACGAGUUGAAGUUCUCUGGGAUGGGUGGACGUGUGUUUAACUUUUAAGUGCAUCUUUUUACCGGGAUUUUACUACAAUUGGCGAUUAAUAUGUAGAAUCCAGCAGCAGAGGACUGAACAAUAAGAUAUAAUCUGAAGGACAGGAGAUGGUGGCGGAACGGCAGGAUGACGGACACAGCCACGCCCCCCACCCCGCCCACACCGCCAGCCCCGCCCACACCACCCGCCCCGCCUACACCGCCAGCCUCCCCGGCUUCGUCCUCACCCUCCUCCUCCUCAGAUGAUGCUCCUCACACCUCCUCUCACACGCCCUCCACCCCACCACCAGUCUCACCCUCACCGGCAUCUUCCUCCCAAUGCAAAGCGUCGUCAUCAUCUUCGUCGUCAUCAUCUUCGUCAUCGUCUUCGUCCUCGUCCUCAGCGUGCCUCUUCUCUGAGCCGACGUCAUCAACCAACUCUAACUGUUUUCCUGCUACACCCGAGUCCAGUGAUUUGGCCUCACCUGUUAUGGCUGAAGUAACAUCCGGGGCCCCGACACUUGGCGACACUGUGUCUUCAAGACACAGGAUAGAGUCAGUCAUUACUCUGGACGCAUCUUCCUCAGUCCAGUUCUCUUCGGAAGUGUCAAGUUCUAACCUAGGUCUGGACGAGACCUCCCUCAGUAGCGACAUACCUCAUACCUUCACAACAGGGGCCAGCGGCUCCACUUCUCCACGUGCUCCCGACUCUUCUGAAGCUGCCAGCGGGUCCUUCCGCACUACAUGGCACCCUAGAAGUUCUUGCCCUAACUUAGCUGUCCCUUCUUCCUCUGGGUGGCCACAAGAUUGUCUCAGACCUGAGAGCUCAGUGUCCCGCUCCAGCUGGCUCCCGUCAUCAUCUUGUACAGCAGGAGGCACAGCAGGGACACCAUCGUCAUGGCAUUCAGGGUCAGUCUGGGGAAAUUUAGAAAUGUCUGACGUGAGCUCCACAGGGCCACCUGAUUCGACAAAAUCCUCGUUGGGUGCCUCGCAUCACAGCUGGCAGCGGGAGUACCCGUGCACGGCAUCACACGAACUUACCUCAUCAACCACCUGGCCUCACGAGACCGUCAAUUCGACUAUCGAUGUGGGAGCAACUUCUUCAUCAUGGUGCCGUGAAGCUGAUGGCGCCGCGGCUAUGGCAGCUUCUUGGGAGUGCGACUCUCUCAACUCUGAUAUUGGAACCACUUCCUCCCUCCCCUCCUGGCCUUCAUCUUCCUCCUCCUCUCAUUUAUCAGUGAACUUUACCUCGUCCACCCAGCCGUCUCCCUCCAAUUCGUUAGCUAACUCCACCUCUCAAUGUGCCUCAGAAAGCAACUUACAACUGCCGACCUGGAGAUCGCGGGCGUUAUCUGUUCCAUUAAGUUUAACUCGUGUCGUGCCCACUGCUCCGCCACCCAGACCUCCCACGCCCCCACGCCAGUCAACGCCACCAUCUAGCCGUCAGCGCGCACACAUCCAACCCUCAACGUCUGUCAGACGCUCAAUGUCGCCCCCUUCCCGAAGCUACUGUCGUGUCCAGUCCCCGUCGGCAGUUAGACGUUCCUUGUCCCCUCCACACCUUCACAGUCAGCACGCAUCCCGUACCAUACCUGUCCGAAGGUCUGUGUCGCCGCCCCAUCGUCACCACGCCCAGCUGCCCACGCCACCUAGACAGUCUGCGUCACCCGUGUCAUUCCUUGGUCAGCCGCUGUCGCCCACCGUGAGACGACGACCAAGUCCCAGACCCAGGUCAGCCAGAACACCAAGUCCCCGCCCCCCGCGACCCCCAAACUCGAACUCCGAGUCAAGCUCUGCCCCCUCCCAGCAGUCACCACGCCCACACUACACGAAGAUGAGGGGGCGGUGAGUCAGUGGGUGGCGAGUCAGUGGGCGACGAGUCAGUGGGUGGUGAGUCAAUGGGUGACAAUUUAUUGAGUGGUAAGUUAGUGGGCGGUGAAUGAGUGGGCGGUGAGGUGAAGUUAUUAGGGUGGCAGUGGGUGAGGGGAUGGUGAGUUCUAGGGCUAUCGUGGUUCUAAGUUCUUCACUGAUCUGGGUUCUAAAUCCUGAUAUAUAAAUCAUUUUGGUAAGAGUAUUCAACCAAUAUCCAGCGAUUGUAAAUUUCGACCCUCAUCUUCCAUUACCCCGUGCGGCACCAGGCCAGCUAGUUCAGAUGUCCUCCCUGUAAAGGAUUCUGAGGGACACUUGACCAUUUAUCUUACAUAUCGAGGUUUGUGUACGCUAUCUGACUGGCUCAUUUAAGAUAUACUUUAUAAAUUGUGCUGCUUAAAUUAGUCAAAGUUGAAUUAAGGUUCUAAAGUAUCUAUUGAUUAUCUCCAAUGAUUAAAGAGAAAACAAAUAUUAACGUAGGAUUUUUUGAGAAUUCAGACCCUGGGUGUGGACGUGCCCUGGGUCUACACGUGCCCUGGGUCUACACGUGCCCGGGGUCGACACGUGCUUGGGUGUACACGUGCCCUGAGUGUGGUUCACUAAUGCCUUGGCAAAUGAACCUGGCCAAUCACACAGACACCCUGGCCAACACAAGUGAUACAAGAGCAGGGUACAAAAACUAUCUUCUUUUUAGUUACUGGAGCUCUAUGGUUUAACUGUGUGUGUGUGUGUGUGUGUUGUGGGAAGGUGUACUGUAUAUGGGCCAUUGGUCCUCUCCGCACCGCCACCAUUAUCACAACCAUUAUCAUCACCAUCACCACUACUAUCACCACUACCACCGCUAGUACUACUACCACCACUACCACCACCACUCACAGCUUUUACUAUUACCACCAUCACUACAACCACCUCCACUACCACUAUCACCACCACUACUGCAAGGAAGUGUGUGUGUGAGGCAAGAAUCAGCCUAGCCUGGAUGAAGCACCAACUUUCACACACUUCUUUCUGUCUACCACUAACUCUGUACCGCCUGUGUUGCGUGCGAUGCAAGGCGCUACACCCAGCCACCUCUUGCAACAUCACUUUCCAGACAUAAACACUCCCUCUUGCCACCACCUCCACCAGCACACCUCGGCCGCAGGAGGAAACUACGAUAAUUUGUUCUCCCUAACUUAAGAAAAGAGAGUUAAUUGAAGUUAAAUAUCAGUGUAAUUACGAUGGUAUUAGAGCCGCCGCCACCAUUGUCUCGAAGCUCACCUGACCCGUUCAUAGCUCGUCUCUGUAUCGGGGAAAAUCUAACUUAGGUAACUCUUGAACCCGCUCGUGUCCUGGUGCACUGUACCCAGGCUGAUUCACCAACACUGUGUCCUGUUAUAUCAACUCACACACACACACACACACACACACACACACCAUAAAAAUAAAAAGUUAUCCCUAUUUGGCAAAAACGUCAGUUGGUUUUCAAAGCUUCAUCAACGAUUACCUCCUAUUUAGCGUAUACAUACAUACAUACAUACAUACAUACAUACAUACAUACAUACAUACAUACAUA